AUGAAUAAAACUAAUGACAACAAAGGACAAUAUCGAACUGUUAAUGCAAAUGAUAAUAUAAAUGAUUUAUCAUCAACGGAUGCCUUUCGUUUUGUUGAUAAAGAUGGUCACAUUAAUGUUAGUUAUUUAUCGAUUGGGCGUAUUAAACAUAUUCAUUCGAAUUUGAUUUUAUUUAUCAUGCAAGCUAAAUGGUGGCUUGUAUUAACAUUGGUUCUAUGUGGGUUUUUGUUCAGUUGGUUUGCAUUUGCAUUUCUUUAUUUUCUUAUAUCAAUUGAACAUGGGGAUUUUGUUUUAACAGAUGACAAUAAUAAUUUAUUAGCUAAUCAAACAAAUCUUACUCAUGGAAAUACGUAUGCCGACAAAGAAACCUGUGUUAAAGAUGUGCAUAAUUUUCUAAGUGCACUUCUGUUUUCUAUUGAAACUCAACAUACAAUUGGAUAUGGUUCACGAUAUAUAACAACAGAAUGUAUCGGUGGAAUUCUUGUAUUAACACUUCAAUCAUCAUUGGGAUAUUUAUUGCAAGUGAUAGUAACACAAAUUGUUUUUACAAAAUUAUCAAGGCCAACAGAAAAAUCUCAAUUUGUUGUCUUCAGUGAGAAAGCUCUAAUUCUUUCACGAGGUAAUCUGUUGACAUUAACAUUUCGCAUAGGAAAUUUAUCAGCUUCUCAAUUAAUAUCUGCUACUGUUCGUUUAUUAAUGAUUCGUGAACGACGAACACUUGAAGGCGAAAUAGUACCUCAUCAAAUCUUUGAUAUGGAAAUAACACAUCUUCGUAAUGGUCAACUAUUUUUUCCACGGCCAACCGUUGUUGAACAUGUAAUUAAUAGUCGUAGUCCGCUCUAUGGUAUUCAAAAAUCGACAUUAGCAAAAGAACAUUUUGAAAUCAUUGCAAUUAUUGAAGGAGCGUUUGAUUACACUGGAUUCGCGUGUCAUUUUCGUACGUCGUAUUUACCGAGUGAAAUUUUGUGGGGUUUUCAGUUUUCAUCGUGCGAUUCCACACUUGAAGCUUUCGAUUAUAAAAAAUUUAAUAACGCUCAAUUAAUCGAUUGUGGAUCCUUAUGGAAGUACGAGGACGAGGGCGAACACAACAAUGAGCAAUCAAUACCUAAUUCGGCUGUUCACUUUUCUGCUGCUACAAAUCUAAUCAAACAACAACAACAACAAUCGAAUUUAGAGUAG